GAUCAUCCCUCGACGUAUAACAUCGCUCCUCCUUCGCACUACCAGUACCUCCUUCUCUGCUCCGACGAUGGACGACGAAAGAGAUAUUUCAAGGCUGUGGCGAGUCAACAAGACCAUCCACGAGCUCGUAAGGGACAGGGGCUUCCUGGUUGCCGAUCAUGAAAUCGAGGUGUCUUUGGACGAUUUCAAGGCCGAAUUCGCAGCCAACGGGACCGUAGAUCGUCAGAAGCUUAACUUCUUCACACAUCUCAAAGACAAUGAGGAGGAGAAGAUUCUCGUCUACUAUGCCCUUGAGAAGAAUGUUGGAAUCAAGGGAAUGAGGUCUUUCAUCGGAAUUUUGGAAGAGCAGAACAUCCAGAGGGGGAUCAUGAUCUGGAGUGAAAAGAUGACGUCGGCGGCUAGGAAGGUCAUUGACGCCAUGCGGAUGCAAUUCAAGCUGGAAGACUUCGAGGAGGCAACUCUCCUCGUAAACAUUACUCACCAUCAUCUUGUACCGAAGCAUGAAGUCAUGACAAAGGAAGAGAAGACAGAGCUGCUGCAGAGGUAUCGUCUGAAAGAGACCCAGCUGCCCCGAAUCCAGAUCAACGAUCCGGUGGCUAGAUACUUUGGUCUGACACGAGGUCAAGUCGUCAAGAUUACUCGUCCGUCGGAAACAUCGGGGAGGUACUGCUCGUACCGGAUCUGCAUCUAAUCGUCCCCUCUCUUCUCCUUCUUGUACUUUUAUCUCUCGACACGUUCACUCUGAAUUCAAAAAAAUCACGCUAGCGUCAUCAUAAAGUCA